UCCCCCUCCCCACCUGUUUGAAAAUGGAGAGACCUCCUAAUUCUCUAGCCGAUAGUUGCUCCAAAUUGAAAAUUUUCAAAAUAGCAGUUAAAUUUUUGAUGUUAGCAACUAUCAUGACAGCUUUUAUUGUAAUUUUCUUCAAAAUGCCAGGAAAAGUGUUCUGUUCACACGAUUACACGUAUUUUAAAACCUUUCAAUUGUUAAUCUCUGACGUAGUUUUCAAGACUAUUUUAUUUGAAGCAAUGGAUGAAGUUUUGUCUAAUAGUCUUUUGGACGAGUUUUUGGAUGUAAGUUUUUAUAUUUUUUACUAGAAAUUAUCCGAUUAAUUAUAGUUUUAUCUAAGAGUACAUCGGUUAUACUGCUAGUCCCGCUAAUUUUAUUGAUCGAAAAACGUGUCUCAUGGACAAAACUCUCCUCACUCCUUAAUUUCGUACCCCACUCUAUCCCAUUGAACAUUUCUAAAAUGGCAUUGAAACCUUUGUUAGUAGUAAUGACUAUAAUAAUAGCUGUCACAUUUUAUAUAAAAUCUUUACUCAAACUUUGCGGUCUAUUUAAUAUUUCAGCCAAUUAUUUUUUCCUGCAAAAAACCACUAUCGAUAUUGUUGCCUUAACGCAUUCUAUCGUAUUGGUGCUUGAAAUUUUUUCAAAUAUUAUUUUGGAUGAGUAUUCAGAUGUAAGUAACUAUAACUUAUUUUUAAAAAUUCAGUAGGCAAUUAUUGAUCGAUCUGACAGGAAUUCCCUUUUCCCGACGCGGGAAGAGCACUAGGUCAAGUAACAUCUGCUCUUAUUCUCCUAUGAUUCUGUCCUUCACUCUUUCACUAGUCUGAAAAUGGAUUGUCUUCGUUUUCUAGCCGCCUGUUGCACAAAAUUAAGAUUUUUCAAAGUGACAUUGAAAUUCUUGUUAGCAAUCUUCACAUGUGGAUUUGUUGCUCUUUUUUACCGAAAAAAAGUUUUCUUCCCUGUUUUUUCUUCGACCAAAUUAUCAUGAGACUUGUGCUCCAUCACUUUAUAGAAGUUUUUCUAAAUGAUUGUCUGGAUGAGUAUUUAGAUAUACUAUUCCGGACACUAUGCCAUCUGCAACACAAACUUUGGGUGAAAAUAUUCCGUCUUUACAAGAAACCAUUCAAUUUGCACAACCUACCAUAUCCGGCAUAUCGCAAAAUAGUUCUACAAAUGGAUAUUUGUGACAUGUUACAGCUGUCUAGAACUUCCUCCAACACCUGUCUGAAAACGAAAAAAGUGAAUCGGAAGAUUUAUAAGCUGAUGAUUUCGGACCCGAAACUUCAUGACAAUAAUCUUAUCACUGAAGAUCCCUUACGUCAAGUUUAUGUUAUCGAAUCAAAAGCUGACUUGGACUUCAUAUACAGCUCGAUAAAAAGGGUGUAUGGAAAGAACGAAGGGAUGUUUUCAUCUGCAAAUUUUAACUAUUGGAUUCGAACGUUUUGUGAACAUCAAAAAGAGCAAGAAAAGUUCCGCAGCAUUCCCUACGCCAAUUCUGAAGAGCUUCAUCAUUUGUUGAACUUUAUCAAUCAAUCGGUCAUAGUGGAUGAGCUGGAUUUAUUGAUUCACCACAACUCUCUAUUUGGAGAUUAUAAGUCAAUUUUGAGUCAUCAAAUGUUGGAUAACUGUCAUGAUGUGGAGAUUUUCGGACCUGAUUUUUCCCUCCGUAAUGAUGAAGUGAAUAUCUUGUUGGAUAGAAUCAAUUUAAGCGGAAAACUAUCGAUUGAAUGCAUGUUCAGUUCAAGUUUCAAUAAGGAAAUCCUAUUCAACAUUCCCCAAUUAGAAAUCUGGAAUGCUUUGAGCUUCACCCUCCAAGACGUGAUGAACAUGAACUGUGAAGUGAUAAUUCUGCAACAUCAUAUCCUCAAGUCAUUGGAUAUCAAUCGUUUGAUUCAUUAUUGGUUAGCCGGGAAGAUGCCGAAUUUGAGAAGAAUCCGAGUCAACGCCAAUCCUGAUGCAAAAAUGUUAAGGGGAAUUGUGAAUUAUGCUUGGCACCCAAGAAGACGUCCACAAGUUUUUAGAGACGGACUCGAACAACUGGAUUGUGAAAAUGGAAUGGAUAUUGUGAGAAGUGACGGACGAAUUGCAACUUUAUUGGACCAUAAUUCAUUUGUCGAUUUUCUUGUUUGGCCUCACUCUUCUUUGUAGAAUAAGUUAGCUCACUACAGGAUAAAGACUUUGACACGACCUCA